GUAAAGCAAGGGUUGGGAGGAAAUGUACGGCUAAUCCUAUCUGGAGCAGCACCACUGGCCAGCCAUGUUGAAGCUUACCUUCAAGUCGUCACAUGUGCCCAUGUUCUACAAGGAUACGGUCUCACGGAGAGCUGUGCUGGAAGUUUCGUGUCAUUGCCAAAUGACAUAUCGAUGCUCCGCACUGUAGGUCCUCCAGUGCCAAAUGUUGAUGUCCGCCUUGAAUCGGUUCCGGAAAUGAACUACGAUGCUCUCUCCAGCACUCCUCGUGGUGAAUUCUGCAUCCGCGGCGACACCCUGUUCUCCGGCUACUACAAACGUGAUGAUCUCACUGAGGAAGUCUUGAUUGGUGGAUGGUUCCACACUGGCGAUGUUGGGGAAUGGCAACCCGACGGAAGCAUGAAAAUCAUCAACCGGAAGAAGAAUAUCUACAAG